AAGCUACUUGUUGAUAAGGUUGUUGUUCAGGUUAAUCCACAUACUCAUCAGGUCAAGCUGUGCGAUUUUGGAAGUGCAAAAGUUCUGGUGAAAGGCGAGCCAAAUAUAUCAUAUAUUUGUUCUCGUUAUUAUCGAGCACCCGAACUAAUAUUCGGGGCUACUGAAUACACUACCGCAAUUGAUAUAUGGUCUGCAGGCUGCGUUCUUGCCGAGUUACUUCUUGGACAGCCUCUCUUUCCUGGUGAGAGUGGCGUCGAUCAGCUGGUCGAAAUAAUCAAGGUACUUGGGACUCCUACCCGUGAAGAAAUCAAAUGUAUGAACCCAAAUUAUACUGAGUUUAAGUUCCCACAA